AUGGAAGACGAACUGCACUGCAUCGCCUGCAAGCAGCUGUUCAACAACCCGGUGCUGUUGCCGUGCUACCAUGCUCUGUGCCUGAACUGUGCGGUGCACGCGCAGCGGCCGCUGGAGCCGACCGCGCCGCAAGAGAACAGCGGCAACUCGACGACCAGCGGCAGCAGCACGGCCGAGUCGCACGCGUCCGACUGCUGCCAUCCGGAGUCGGACAAGCUGUCCAUACUCAGCGAGACGGACAGCGGCGUGGUGUGCAACAGCCGGCCGAACAGCUACCUGGGCACGUCCAGCCACAUCGGCGGGGGCGUCAUCGCGUUCCCGCCGAUCAUGGCCGGCUCGUAUUCGCUGUCGUGCCCGGCCUGCCGGAAGACCGUGUACUUCGACGACAACGGCGCGCACAACUUGCCCAAGUACAGGACGAUGAGGAACAUCGUCGACCGCUAUGGCGAGCUCCGGCACAUCGUUCCCAAGUGCCAGCUGUGCGAAAGCGAACCCGCGGCCGACGCCACCGUGCUGUGCGAGCAGUGCGAGGUGCUGUACUGCGACUCGUGCCGCGACAACUGCCAUCCGUCCAGGGGCCCGUUGGCCAAGCACAACCUGCUGGAGCCCACGGUCGGCAAGGUGGCGCUCAGGAACAAGAUCAGAAACAGGGACAUCAUCUGCAACGAACACGAAGAAGAGUGCCUGUCCAUGUACUGUAUGGUCUGUAAGACACCGGUUUGCGCUGUGUGUAUGCACGAGUCGAGACAUUCGAGUCACGACGUACAAGCCAUCAACACCAUGUGCAAAGCUCAAAAGGUAACACUACCACUGUUCGUUUUGUAA